GGAGGAAGCUUCAGUGCUGUGCUGUUUGCUCUCUUUGUCUCUGUCUCUCUCAGUGAAAAAUGAAAAAAAAAAAAAAAAAAAGUUCAGAUCGGGUUGAUGCCUUGAUGCCCUCCCAAGUUGGCGAGAGAAAAGGCUGCGUCACAGCAUCCGGAGGGUGAUGGUUGUUUGAGCUGGGACUUAAAAGGAGAGUGGGAUCUCGUUAAGCAAAGAAUUGGGACUGUGAAGUAAGGAGAAAACAUCUGGGAGCAGCAAAGGCAGAGGCGCAGAGACCUGGACGUGUGUGCUAGGGGGAAGGUGAGGGUGGAGAAGAGGGUUGGCCUCUGCUUAUGGGAGACGCAGUGGAGAUCCCCAGCUUCGUGUUGCGUGGACGGUACAGGGCCCUUGACAUUUCCCCCCAGGCAGUGUCAUUUACUGAGGGAUGUGGAAGAUGGCUGUGGGAGAGCAAGUAUCCCAGCACUCCGAAAGGUUACCAGGUGACAGGGGUGUUCAUGAAGAACUGGGACUCGCUGGAUGAGCAUGGAGUUUGCACCGCUGACAAAGACUGUGAGGACGCCUACAGAGUUUGUAAGGUCUUGGACAUCCCUUUCCAUCAGGUGUCAUACGUGAAGGAGUACUGGAAUGAUGUGUUUAGUGAUUUUUUGAAUGAAUAUGAAAAAGGAAGAACUCCCAAUCCUGACAUAGUCUGCAACAAACGCAUCAAAUUCAGUUGUUUUUUCCACUAUGCAGUAGAUAACCUUGGAGCAGAUGCAGUUGCCACCGGUCACUAUGCGAGAACUUCCCUGGAAGAUGAAGAAGUCUUCCAGCAGAAGCACAUUAAGAGACCAGAAGGACUUUUCAGAAAUCGAUUUGAAGUGAGAAGUGUGGUAAAACUUCUCCAAGCAGCUGACAGCUUUAAAGACCAGACCUUCUUUCUCAGCCAGGUUUCCCAGGAUGCCCUACGAAGGACCCUCUUCCCUCUGGGAGGAUUAACGAAAGAUUUUGUAAAGAAAAUAGCUGCUGAGAAUAGACUUCAUCACGUGCUUCAGAAAAAAGAGAGCAUGGGCAUCUGCUUCAUCGGUAAAAGAAAUUUUGAAAAUUUUAUCCUUCAGUAUUUGCAGCCUCGGCCUGGAAAAUUCAUUUCUAUUGAAGACAGUAGAGUUCUGGGAACACAUAAAGGUUGGUUCCUGUAUACUUUGGGUCAGAGAGCCAACAUAGGCGGCCUCCACGAGCCCUGGUUUGUGGUGGAGAAGGACAGCGCCACGGGUGACGUGCUUGUGGCGCCCCGGACAGACCACCCGGCCCUGUACAGGGACCUGCUGCGGACCAACCGUGUGCACUGGAUCGCAGAGGAGCCCCCUACAGCUCUGGUCCGGGACAAGAUGAUGGAGUGCCAUUUCCGUUUCCGCCACCAGAUGGCACUAGUGCCCUGUGUGCUGACCCUUAAUCAAGAUGGCACCGUGUGGGUGACAGCUGUGAAGGCCGUGCGGGCCCUUGCCCUCGGACAGUUUGCUGUGUUCUACAAAGGGGAGGAGUGCCUGGGCAGUGGGAAGAUUAUGCGCCUGGGGCCGUCUGCCUACACCCUCCAGAGGGGCCGAAGCAAGUCCAGGGCGGCCACCGAGGGCUCCAGCGAUGCUCAUGACGUUGGCCCAGUCUCGGGUCCCUGCUGACUCAGCCCGCCUUGCUGCUGCUAUCGGUAUCGGAGCCCUGGCCAGGCCAGCUGGGUUCCAGAGAACUCCUGUGCAGGCAGAGUGGAAAAGGAUCACGUCUUCAAGGUGGAGCUGCAGGUGCGGGCUUCACAGUGCAGACUGGCUGGCCAGCAGGUCUGUCCUAUUGCUCGAGUUCCUCUCUUCUGUGGAGGGUCCCUACCCUGCAGCUGAGAGGGGGACUGGAAGGGCUGUGCAGGCCUCAGGGACAGCAGGGAAUAAAUGUUCUGUCCAAGACAUGGA